GACAUUCUCUGAGACGGUCCCACUGCACGCCUCCGUCUCUGUCUCACUGUUAGGGCGCACAUAUUACUAGGUCGGGAGACGUUUGUGUGUGUGUUUGUUUGUUGUUUAUUUGUUUACCUGAGAGUCAAACUCUGACAGGAUGCUCCGUUGCGUCUCUCCCUGGAUCCACGCCGUAUUUUUCUCCAUGCCUUGCAGCGUAAAGCCCCGGAACGUCAACCCCUUCCUCCCCCUCCCCUUAGCAACAGAGGCAACAUGGCGGCGUCCAGUACCGCGGAGCAUUCUCCAGAGAUAUCGACGCCGUUAAAAAUACCGAAAACCGAGGUGCCAUCCCCUGAGUCGGAGGAUUUGAGUGACAGUAAUCAAUACCACUCCAAUCCCUCGACACCGAACCGCUUCUCGCCUUUGAACGUGGGCUCAGGGACCGCGGGCCGGACGGCGGCCUCAUCCUCCUCCAACAGCUUCACGGCUUGCCGAGGGAUGUCGUGGACCCCGUCCGAGACGAACGCCCUCAUUGCGGUCUGGGGCAAUGAGAGGCUGACGGAGGCGAGGAUGCAGCAGCUGGAGGUCGCAGGCACCGUGUUCUCCGGUAAGGCCCCCGGUCCUGCCAUGUACGAGCGGGUGUCCAGAGCCCUGUCGGAGCUGGGAUAUGAAAGGACUCCGUCCCAGUGCAGGGAGAGGAUGAAGACGCUGCGGCGCUGCUACAGCCGUGUGAAGGAGCAUGGCAUUGGCAAAAGGAAGAGCAGCUACACUAUAGAGCAGCUGGAGAAGGUGUUUGGUCAGGGAGGCUGGGACUCCCAGAGUUGCGCCCCGGUCCUGAUCAACAGCAGUGGGCUGUAUCAGGAGAUGGAGUCUGAUGGCAGCACCAUGGAAGACUUCUCCCAGGAGGACUGGUGCAACCAGGUGCUGGACUCGGCCUUCCAGGAGGGAGACAUGGAGACUGAAGAAAUCCAGGUGCCUAAAAACAGAGCGCUACAGAUUCAAAUAGAGCUGUCAGAACAAACCCAAAAAAGGGACAUGAUGCAGACUGUGAUGCGUAUCCUUGAGUCAGUGCAGCUGAAAUGGGAGCACUUCCAAACAUGGACUGAGUUCUCACGGCUGCACCUCUCCAACAAACUAGCCAUCUUUGGCGUGGGCUACAACACACGCUGGCGCGAGGACGUGCGUUAUCAUUACGCCGAAAUCAGCUCGCAGGUGCCUCUGGGCAAGAGGCUUCGUGAGUACUUCAACCCAGAAAAGCCAGAGGGUCGCAUUAUUAUGACCAAAGUUCAGAAGAUGAACUGGAAGAAUGUUUACUACAAGUUCCUGGACAUUACUAUCAGCGAGGCGCGUUGCUUGGAGCUGCACAUGGAGGUGGACUGGAUCCCUGUAUCCCAGUCCAGGCCAGCAGGCUGCAGCAAAGGCACAUCCCACUACCUCCUGCCUGGGGAAAUCCCCAAGGCGUAUGGACUCUACGCUAUUGGCUACGAGGCAGUGUCGUCAUCCUCUCAUGACACCACUCACACCUCUGCACAGGGUGAUGGUGAAGACCAUAGCUUACCUCAGUGCGAGUCAGAGAAUGGGGAACAAAGUCAGGCUGAUGGAGAUGGUGCAGAGACAUGUGACAGGACUGGGGCUAAAGUCACUUACUGCUACCUAGGCAUAGCUGAGGAUAGGACCAUACAGCAGAGUCUCUUCCAGCACUUCCAGGGCUCUGGCAAACACCAUGUCCACGGGGAACCCUCUGCUGUGACGCGUUUCCUGCAGGAGAACUGCCGCGGUGCUGUCACAAAUCAGAACGGUGAGGGAGGUGAAGACUCAGCUCAGUGUUAUGCCAUUUACAUUAAAUUCAUUGAGGUGGAGCUGGACUUCCUCUCAGCAGGCUCCCUGGUGGAGUGCCUUGAAACUGCUAUCGGUUGUUCCUUGAAAUUCAACAACAGAGAAACAUUGUAACUACACUCAGUGUUUCAGAUUUGUAUUGACUAAUGAUAUAAUUAACAAGUGUUACAGCCAGCAAGGCAACAAGAAAGGUGACCAAUUCUCUCUGUUAUAAAGCAUGGAUGUGUGCAAGAAUCUGGUAUAUUUUUGCAGCCUUUUCAGCUCUAUUGAACUGAUUUUUCAUUAGACCCUUGUUAAGUCUUAAAAGAACGAUGAUGCACAAUAUGACAAAUGUAUUGUGUAGAAAAAUUGGAACAUUAGCUUAAGUAUCGCAGAGCUGCAACAUCCAAGAAACAUGUACUUAUUAUUUAAUGCUAAUGUGCACUACAAAGGUUUUUGCUGCUUGUUUAGUGUAGAUAAAUAUUGCCUCAUCAGGGAGCGUGGGGUUGGCAAGGUGACUACUGCAGUAUGCAUCUGUCUACCUCAGUAGGAUGUAGCAAACAAGGCAGCGAGGGGACCAUAAGAGUGUAUUCAUUGUAAAACUGCCUUUACUUUGACUGUUGAGGUCUGGACCUGAAUUCACAAAGCAUCGAAGAGUAACGGCUGAUUUUUGAAUUAUGUUUUGCACAUGUAACUGGGCUGCAGCUAGAGAUGCUUCCAUGCAAACUAGGGAGACAAAGCAAAGAACUAGUAUUGGUCAAUUCGGAGAUCACCUGUUUAUCCAGCAGUGUGAACACUGCACACACAAACCUGACCAAAGGUUGGGUGUGGUUCCACUCCAUUUUAACUUAGCACACUAUAGGGGCACCUAUAUCAAUGGCUCUGUGCAGCAAGUAAACAAAAUAAGCAUGGUAAAUAAUAUAGACUAGUGGUGCAAUGGCUCAAUAAAUUUACGGCUCGAUUCGAUACACUACAGUGGUCACAGUUCGGUUAAAUGUAUGAAAACUAACACAGUUUGGGCUUUUGUUGUCUUUGUACAAAGCAGGAAUCACUGGCUGACAAGGGCUCAUUAAAGUCUGGUUAAGAGCUCUCAGAGCUCUUUCAGUCUAAUAAAUACAUGAAUAAAUAAAUGCCACAGUCAUAUCAACACAAGCUGAACAGCCAUCGUACCUUUAAGUCGUUAUGGCUGAAUCAUGUACCUGGCCUGCCAGCAGUUACAGCUCACUGCUGUGGGUUUGCGCUUUGUGCUAAUGUUAGCUGCUGUUAGCUGCUGAACAAGAGACAAUAACUACACAGUGUCUCUCAUUCCCUGGUUCAGGGGUGUUUGUGCUGCUGGCUUAGCUGCUAAAGAGAGUCUGUUGCUGCACAGCAGCAUGUUCUUUGGCUCAGGGGUUGUUUGUUAUUGUACUACUGUGUUAGCUGCUAAGGGGAGUCUGUAGCUGUGCGGUGGCUUGUUCUUUGGCUCAGUGUGUUUUAUCCACCACUCUCUCUCACCAUCGUCCUUACAAUUUUACAGCAAAACUUAAGUGGCUUUGAACACCAGACCUGUAUCGAAGGUUCUUCUGUUGCUGGUCUGGUAAUGGUGAUUCUAACCAUAUUGCAACGAGCUACCCUGGCGUAGCUGCCACCCAGUUUGUCUCACUGGAGUAGAAUGUUCUGGGAGAGACAGACAGCAUGUUGCCUGUCCUGUGUGCUGCCUUGUUAAGUGCAGUGGCACUGAGAACAUUCAAUGAAACACUGUUUAAGCUGUAUAUUUUAUUUUCCAGAUGUAAUAGGAUAGUUUAAUUUAGCACUCAAAUUGUAAUGUGUACCGAACAGAAAGCCUCAUAGCAGGGGCGCCAGUGGCUUAGUGGUAGAGCAGGCGCCCCGUGUACAAGGCUGUUGCCGCAGCGGCCCGGGUUCGACUCCGGCCUGUGGCCCCUUGCUGCAUGUCACUCCCUCUCUCUCUCCCCCCCUUCACACUUGUCUGUCCUAUACAUUAAAGGCUAAAAAGCCCAAAAAAAAAUCUUAAAAAAAAAAAAAAAGAAAGCCUCGUAGCAAACACUUUGAAUAUGCAUAUUGUUACACUCCUGAUACAGACACAUGAAAACGUCUUUCACACUUGAAAAGGUUCUGUAGUGUUCUUGAAACACUUACAAGCUGCAAAAAGAUGAAAUUAAACUUAAUCAUAGCAUCUCUACCACCUGCUGCUGUUUGGUUAUCAGCUGAUAGAGAUUCGGUGUCAUGCUUACCACCUGCACACCAUGUAACCGAGGUUCCCACCAUUGCCCCACGACUAAAUGAAGUGUACUUUUUAAGCUGUCCCAUUAUCUGUUCAGCCUUCUUGCUGACUUUGUUGCAUAGUCUUUUGAAGCUCUAUACAAAACAUACAAAAUCUUCCCUAGGUUGGUGGUAUUCAGAGCACAAGAAAAUUCGGUUAACAACAUUGAGUCUUGUUGCACCACCAUACCAUCUCUUGCAUUGUUGCCUCACAGCAAGAAGAUUCCUGGUUGCAUGUCGGUGAAGAUGCAACCAGGGCCUUGCUUGAGCAAGUCCAGUUGCCUACAAUAUAGCACUUAUGAAGGUUCCUGGUCUGAACCCAGGGUGGGGGGGUUUGAACCCUGGAGUGGGGGAGCCCUUUAGUGUGAAGUUUGUAUGUUCUCCCCGUGUCAGCAUGGGUUUUCUCCGGGUACUCCGGCUUCCGCCCACAGUCCCAAGACAUGCAGGCUAAGUUAAUUGGUGACUCUAAAUUGUUCAUAAGUAUGAAUGUAAGCGUGAAUGCUUGUCUGUCUCUAUAUGUCAACCCUGUGAUAGCCUGGUAAUCUGUCCAGGGCGUAGCCCGCCUCUCGUCCACUGUCAGCUGGGAUAGGCUUCAGCUCCUGCGUGACCGCUAACAGGAUAAACAGUUAUGGAAAAUGAAUGAAUGAACAAACAUUGAGUCUUGUCUUGGCUAGAAAUUCUGAAAUACUGCCAGAUCCGUGCAGAUAUUAAUUUGUGUUUUUGUGCCAUGGUAUCUGCCAAAAUAGAAAUUCCUGAUUUUACACUGGAGUCUAAGUAUACCGUAACCCAUAUGUAUUGGUGAUCAGUACUUGGAGCAUCUUUAGCUGCAGCUGUGGGGCUGUGGGUUAUCAGUUGACCAUUACAGAAGCUGUGUUGACCUCCCACAUACUGGCGUUUUAAAUGCACCACUCUUGCAGUUGACACACAAUCAUGCUUACAGGUGUAAACCAGGCCUACAAGCACUGAUCUAUGACUUCAAGCCAGGUUAAGACAUUAAGCUGCAGGGGAUAGCUCAUCCUUGACCAAUAAUUAAACUGAAUUCUUAUGAACAUGAUUCCUGAGGUUAUGUGCAAUGUGCCAGGAGAGACUGUGUAGAGAAGAAUCAAACAGUGAAUAAGUCCAUAUUGAAUCUAUGUAUAUGAAAGCUACCUUAUAUAUCUAUAAUAUAUAUUUAAAAAUAUUGAUGUUCUUGAGCAUUCCGGCUUUUGCAAACUUGCAAUGUUUAUUUGUUUGGGUAUACAGUAUAUAAAAAUAAAUAUGAUAUUUUAUAUUUUAUUGGUUGACACAUGUCUUGUAUGUGAUUGUUUUGAAGUCACCGUCUUGUAUGUUUACAUGUUUGAAAAACAAUAAAUGGGGCACUCACUGUCA